AUGUAUGAUAUUUAUGCCUAAGCGUAAUCUUGAUUAUAUUGUAAAUAAGCAUUAAUAUCAUAAGACUAACUGGGAAAGACCUCUUUCCUGGAGUCAAAAUCAAUUUAUUCCUGAUACUGAAUAAUCAAUAAAAAAUUGAUCUAACUCCUUUAUAAAUGAAAAAAAAUGACCAAAGUGUCAUUUAGUUAAAUCAAAAAUUGCCUAGAAAAAGAUCCUAAAAAAAGAGUUUAUACUAGUUCUUGUUUAAAAGGAGAAGUUAUUUAAAAGUUCCCUCUAUAAAAGGAAUAGGAAUUUAAAUUUAGUAAACCACUGUUUAAAAAAAUAAUUUUCUCCUUUGCUUGAAAAAAUUUUAGACUACAUAAUUUUAAAUUAUUUAAGCAAUCACACAAAUAAUAAGUUGA